AUGACAGAACGUGCGACAAAAUCUGGUUUAGCGUUAGAGGCUCAGCGUAAAAUACACGGCAAAUAUGAUAGCGAACUAGCUGGACAACUUCUUGAAUGGGUUGCUCAACUAACCGGUAAAAAUUUCUCAACUGAUGGUGAUGUUAAGAAUUUUUUGGAAGUCUUCAAAGACGGUGCGGUACUGUGCAGCCUUGCAAAUGCCUUGCAGCCAGGUUCAAUAAAGAAGAUUAACACCAGUGCAAUGGCAUUCAAACAAAUGGAAAACAUUUCAUUUUUUUUAUCUUUCGCCGAGAAACAUAUUUCUAAGUUAGAACUUUUCCAAACAGUUGAUCUAUUCGAAGGUCAAGAUCCAAAUGCGGUUGUUGUUUGCCUUUCAUCGUUGGCCAGAAAAUCUGAGGAGCUGUUUGGAAAGCCUGGUUUAGGUCCAAAAGAGGCUAAAGGAGAGAAACGUGAGUGGUCGGAGGAAAAGCUUCGUGCGGGUGAAGCGAUUAUUGGACUUCAGAUGGGUACAAAUAAAGGUGCGAAUGCGUCCGGUAUCAAUAUGGGUAACACGCGUCACAUGUAA